AUGGUAGUAACGACGAACCAACAAGAAACCUGUAGCACCGAGCUAGGCGAAGGUCGAUCGAGAGAGAUGCAGGGCGGGGAGAGCGCGGCGGGCGCGGCCAUGGAGGCGGGGGCGAACCUGGGCGCGUCGGCGUGGGCGGGCAAGGAGAAGACCAUGGCCGUGGUGCAGGAGACGGUGGAGAAGGCCAAGGCGCACGACGACCCGGCGGCGCAGGCGUCGGCGGAGGCCAGGAAGGAGGAGCGGGUCCUCGAGGUGGAGGCCGCCAAGCAGGACGCCUACCGCCACAACGCGGCCGUCGCCAAGGACGGACGCGCCGCCGCCGUCGUCAAGGAUGAGAAGGAGGCGUCGGCGGCGGCCGUCUCCGCCUGA